AUGGCGGAGAGAGCAGCCGCAUUUAAAGCUCUCUGCGCCUUUUAUGUGCUUGUGAUUGUCUCUAAAACUAUAUGUGCGUUAACUGAAUGGAAGGAAGGCCUUCAAUAUAACAGGAAUUAUGUCAACAGUGCUGCAAAUUAUUUGACACAAAAGGGAGAUAUGAACAGACAUGUUAAACCAUCCCCGCAGCAGGUGGGCGAAGUUUCGCGUACGUCACGUGCGGUCCGAGGCAAAGAAAUUAGAAGGAAGAUAUAUGAAGAAUACAAGGAUUUUUAUACAACUAUUGGAUUACAAGUUGUAGAUGACAGUGUGGCUAGAAGAGAAUAUAUGGACGCGGUCAGGAGGGAAAGUGAUUCAGGGGUGUCAAAUUUAAACACGUUAGAGAAACAGCAAGAAGAGAAACUUCCAGGGGAUGUCCUUGUCAUGAAGAGGCUUUGUUCUGCUCUAAGAUUUGGCAGACUUCCUGAUAAUGAGGUCCCUCAGCACACAUUGCCAAAAUUUGUAUCAUAUAUAAGUGAAAUGAAAGGACACAAAGGCAGUAUAUUGGAAAUAGGCUCUGGUUAUACAGUUUCCCUGCUGGCUGAUACUACCCAUACAUAUACAGCUAUAGCACUGCUCAUACAAGAUUCAAAGUUACCAGUAAAAGAAAAUUUAACUUACCAUAGUAUCCCAAACCUGUAUGUUGGCUCAUUGUUUCAAGACAAUCUACCAGCAGCUGUUGAAUAUCUUUAUAAUGAUAAUCAGGUUCUUUUCAACACUAUCCUACUCAGCAAUUUAACUUCCAUGGUUGGUGACCUUCUACCUCAUGAAUAUGAAGAACUAUUAGCAAGACUUUUAUCUCUGGCUAGAAAUACUUAUGUAGCAGACAUCAGCACCAAUAAUAAGCAUAUGCUCAAUUUUUUUAAGAACUGGGAAAACUUGCCAGUGCUUCUCAACAAGUGCUGUACUGUGGCUGGUCUGGACUGUGUUGUGGAACAAGUCAAGGGGUAUUUUGGUGGAUGGAAUAAUGGUCGAGAAGACCUGUACAAGGUACAGGUCCUCACUGGAACAAGAAAUUUACCAGAAAGUUUUUGCGAAAAAUCAUUACUUGAAGGAGAGUGCUACCUUCAUUUUGGAAAUGAAUCUGAACCAGUUGCCAUACAUUAUAAUGAUGGAAGUCAGCUACUUGUCCCUGAAACCAGUGACUGUAUCCCACUCCAAGUUAUAAACUACAUAGGUCCCAUACAAUCCACCAAGGAAAGGUUAUUGUAUCAACUGUUACAUGUGCCAUACCGUGACGACCAGAGAUCAUGUACUCUCUACAUCAAUGGUUCAAACAUUGUUUCAUUACAAGAUACACCUGUAAAAACUGGCAUUGAUUCACAUAUGUGGAGCUGUGAGGAGAACCCUCAGAUGCAUGCUUUAGUGAAGAAAUUAGUAGACUUGGACCCCUCAUUGACUGGUACAGAGCCACAUGAAAAGGGUUUACACAGUGCCAAAGCAGGGCAGAUUUCUCCUCACAAUUUCAACCAGAAGCAGCCUCAGGAGGACAGGGGAGCAAGGGUGCAACAACCCUAUGAGCAGGUGGAUAGUGUAGCAGAAAGAUGGAACAGGUUGAACAAUGAUGUAAAGGAAGCUGCUGAGAAAGACCAAGAACAAGUACAAAGGCUUAAUAAACAGUGGGACCGUGAAGGCAAUCCACCCUUGCCACAGCAAGACCCAGUGUUAGUCAGGCUAGACAAAACAUGGCGCAGGGAGGAGGAUAAGGUUGGCCUUGACCCUCCAGCAGUUCAAGGUCAAGUUCAAGGCAAAGUUCAAAGCCAAGGUAAAGAAUCCCUGUCCAGGAAUAUAGACCCUGCCUUAACAAAGGAUGAAAAGGAACUAAGACUAGCCAUGGGAUCAUUGGGUGGAGUUAAGGGAAUGGAAGGGAAUCCAGUCAUUGCUCAGCCAAAGAAACCAAUAGAAACUGAAGGACAGUUGCCUGAAUUAGAAAAGAACAUAAUUCAUCAGAAAGUGAGCAGUCCCAAAUAUGUUCAAAAUUUGAGAAGCAUACAGCAUGGAGGCACAACAACAACACUUAAAAGUGUAAUCCGUGAAUUUGAUUCUUUAAAUAACGAACCAGUACCUCUUGCAGAGCAACAUCAAAUUCCAAAACCAGUACCAAAACGAAUCCAUGGAAAUGCCAGGAAAAUUUAUAGAAAUAAAUAUCAGGGUGUGGAACAACAGGACAGUAGACAGGCUGAUUAUUUAAAAAAUGAUCUGGUACAAAAUGGUGCUGAUCAUUUGGGUCCUGUUGGAAAGAUUGAACAGCAGCCAGUGGUGUUUAAGCCCAGGGAACAAGGUGGUCAGAUAGAGAAAAGGAAAGAUGGUAUGAGGAGGCUACUUCAGAAUGAUGCCCAACAAGGCCUAUCCUUAAGUGUUAGGGAAAAACUAGACAAAUACAAGGAAGACUUUAAGAAAACUCUCAUGAAUAGAUAUAAAGCCCAAAGAACAAAGAUUGACAAUGACCAUGAUCAAAUUGAAAGCAAAAAAGUGACCUCCACCCAAGGCCCAGUGAAGAAAAUGGCAUCUAAGACAGCAACACCAUCGUCCUUGUCUUCAAAAGAGCCCUUGGUCUCUUUAAAUGGAAUUAGAAAAGAUAGUACUGACCAGCAAGCAGCUGCAGCCCAGAAGUCAGAGCUGGGAAAUAAUGAGUCUCCAGUGACUUCUGUAAAACCAGAAUUAAGAGAACCAGCAAGAACAGUGAGGGAGAAACACCAGCCAAUGGAACACACAUUUGGACCAAAACAUAAGGAGGAGAGUGUGUACGACUCUGAGUGGAAACUGAUCAAGAAUGACAUCGCUGCUCUGAAUGGGAAAGAGAGAAACUUCUUCAGUGUUUUGACCUAUGGUGGUAACCAGCAGGUGUUACUGGGAGCUAAGAUUGCUCACAGGUAUCCCAACUCUACUGUCCUCUCUGUACUUGACACAAGCAGUGCCAGACAUAUGCCAGGACUUAGGAAAAUGAUAACAAGCUUGGGUGCUAAGAAUUUCAUUCUCUUGGUGAAUAACUUGAGUCCUGGUACUGUGGAUAAAAUUGUCAAGAUGCCAGAGAUAUUUCAGAUUCAGAUUUUGGGCUUGGAGACUUUUCAUCAUCUAACAUCUCUUGGUCAAGGUUUCCUGUACUACCUCGGUCACUUGCUGACCAUGGCUCACACUACCUACCUUGAAGUCCCUUCUCCUGAGCAGCUGGUUAUGGCUGACCUUUUACUUGGGAACAGCACAGGUCCAGAGCAAACCCAUGCAGUUUUCAAGGGUAUGAUAUUUGAAACUUUGAAACUGCAUGGGUUGGAGAAUGAAGCUGAAGUCAGCUUGGUAGAUGACGUUGAUAUUCUUAGAGGGUACACAUUGGCCACCAAACUGGUUAAAAUAACUCUAGGACAUAUGCAGAGAACAGGUACAUGGAACUAA